CAGGAGCUCUUGGUAUUGACUGACAUGCCAGCCACAGCAACGCGGGACGUGGUGGAGUAAAGGCAGGUUCUUCCUGAGGGAUCAUGACAGCAGUGCUGCCCGCCGCGCAGAUGGCGGACCAAGCGCUGAGCGGGCUGGUAGCGCGGCUGGAGCAGGCACGCAACAGGCUCGACAGCGACGACGAGGACUUCGGCUUCCUGGCGGAGAUGUUGAAGUCCCGCGGCUUGCAGGCCUUGGUGCACGUCCACAAUAAGGUGAACAGCGCGAAGAAGAACAUGCAACCCGUUAUGUCUAACGCCGAGGAUAUCGCCAUUGCUUUAAUGAAGGAAAUUCACUACAAAAAUAUCCCAUCCGCUGACGCCAUCGAACUUUUCGCUCUUCUUCAGUCGCCACAUCUACAGGAAGGCAAGGGAGCCGAACCGAUUGUGGGCGCGACGAUCAAGCAGGACGAGCAGACGGGCGCCAUCAUCAUCGCCCGCAUCCUGCACGGGGGCGCCGCCGACCGCUCAGGCCUCAUACACGUGGGCGACGAGGUGCAUGAGGUCAACGGGCACUACGUGGUGGGCAGCACACCUGCCCACGUGCUCCAGAUACUGAUGGAGGCAGAAGGCACGAUCACCUUCAAGUUGGUGCCGGCCGGCAGUUCAGCGCACUUGCGUGAGAGCAAAGUACGCGUACGCGCUCACUUUGACUACGACCCGCGGCAAGACAAACACAUCCCGUGCAAGGAGGCGGGUCUCUCCUUCAGCAGGGGCGACAUCCUACACAUCGUGGCUCAGGACGACCCUUACUGGUGGCAAGCUCGACGUGAGGGCGACAGGUCCAUGAGGGCGGGCCUGAUCCCCUCGCGCCAGCUGCAGGAGCGGCGCAUCGCUGCGUCCAGAGCGGAGGCGAAGAAUAAAGCCAAAGCCAAAAGUCCGGCGAGCUGUGCACCAGCGAGCGCCCCUAAAGUUAAGAUGAUUCACUACGACGCUGCAGAGAGUGAAGACUUCGACAGGGAGGAGGUGGCGACGUACGAGGAGGUAGCCCGUCUGUACCCCCGGCCCGGUCUGCCGCGGCCCGUCGUGCUGAUCGGUCCUCCUGGCGUCGGACGGAACGAACUCAAGCGACGGCUCGUGGCCCUCGACCCAGAGAAAUUCAGAUCACCCGUGCCAAUGACGUCUAGACCCCCGCGUGCCGGCGAAGUUAAUGGCCGGGACUACCAGUUCGUGACCCGGGAGAAGCUCAACGAACUCGCCGAAGUCGGUCAAUUGGUGGAGCACGGCGAGUACAAGGGGCACAUGUACGGUACUCCCCUCGAGGAUAUCAAGACUCUCAUGAACGCAGGAUAUGUGGUUGUGGUCAACCCGCAUUACCAGGCAUUGAAAUACUUGAGGUGCGCUGAGCUGAAGCCGUACGUGAUAUUCAUCGAACCGCCGCCCCUGGCGCUGCUGAAGGAGAGCCGCGCUGCUGCCCAAGCCAAGUCUACCUUCGACGCUGACACUGACAGACCUUUUACUGAGGAGGAACUAAAGAAGAUGUUGAAGUCUGCUCAGCGGAUUCGGUAUCACUAUAGUCACUGUUUCGACGAGGUCAUCGUCAACGACGUUUUGAGCUCGGCCUUCACGCGCCUCAUGGAUGCCAUACAGAGACUUGAGAGCGAGCCCUUGUGGGUGUCUGCGUCUUGGGUACAGUGAACAACCUUGUUGACAUACGGGAAUUUCUUUAGAAAAAAGUUCAUUUUUAAUUACUAUCUGGAAUAGUUGAGAGUUCGGUACUCAGCCAAUCAUGGAUGCCAUACAGAGACGUGAGAGCGAGCCCUUGUGGGUGUCUGCGUCAUGGGUACAGUGAACAACCUUGUUGAUGUACUGGAAUUUUUUAGAAUCAAGUUCAUUUUAAUUACUCGGGGCAAGAACUAGUAAAUUCGGUAAUACUAUUAUCGCUUUUCCGGAAUAAUUAAGAGUUCGGUACUCCAUUAGCCAAUCAUGGCUUUACAAUUUAAACCCAUCAAUCAUAGACGAGGAAUCGGCCGCUACGUGUACUUGGGCAGUUACGUGU